AUGGCGGUGAUUGCUAUUGAAAUGAUGCAGCUGACUGAGUAUGAGGCUCUGGACAAGUACUUCCCACCAGACUCUGGAGUGAGAGUCAUAGCUGAGCUGGGCAGAUACUAUGUCACGUCAGCUUUCACACUGGCAGUCAACAUCAUUGCCAAGAAAGUAGUGUGGAAGGAGCAGACUGGCUCUGAUGAUGAGGAUGAGUCAAAUGAGCAAACCAUUAUGUAUUAUGUGAAUGACGGAGUCUAUGGAUCAUUCAACUGCAUUCUUUACGAUCAUGCACAUGUCAAGGCCCUGCUGCCGAAGAGACCCAAGCCACAUGAGAAGUAUUACUCAUCCAGCAUCUGGGGACCAACAUGUGAUGGCCUUGAUUGGAUCGUCGAGCACUGUAACCUGCCUGAAAUGCAUGUGGGUGAUUGGAUGCUCUUUGAGAACAUGGAUGCAUACACUGUUGCUGCUGCGUCUACUUUCAAUGGGUUCCAGAGGCUUUCCAUCUACUACGUAAUGUCGAGGUCAAUGUGGCAACUCAUGAAGCAGAUCCAGAGCCAUGGCUUCCCACCAGAAGUGGAGGAGCAGGAUGUUGGCACACUGCUGCCCUUGUCAUAUGCCCAGGAAAGCGGGAUGGACCGGCACCCAGCAGCCUGUGCUUCUGCUAGUAUCAAUGUGUAGCUCUCACCUGCAAGUUUAGCUUGAAUUAAGGGAU